CCAUGACGGCGUCCCCCGACUACCUGGUGAUUCUCUUCGUGACCACGGCGGGCACCAACGGGGCAAGGUUGGGCUCAGACGAGCGAGAGCUGCUCCAGCUCCUGUGGAAAGUGGUCGACCUGAGGAGUAAGGAGCUGGGGCACCUGCAUGACGUGCUGGUCCGGCCUGACCACACAGAACUGACGGCUGAGUGCCAGGAGAUCACCCAAGUGGAUGUGGAGAGCCUGGCACUGGCUCCACCGCUGGAGCAGGCAUUGAGACAGUUUAAUCAGUCCGUGAGCAAUGAGCUGAACAUUGGUGUAGGUACUUCUUUCUGUUUCUGCACUGAUGGACAGUUGCACAUUAGGCAGGUUCUGCACCCUGAAGCUUCUAAAAAGAAUAUUUUACUGCCUGAAUGCUUCUAUUCCUUUUUUGACUUGCGGAAAGAGUUCAAGAAGUGUUGCCCUGGCUCACCUGAAGUUAGCAAACUGGAUGUUGCAGCCAUGACAGAAUAUUUAAAUCUUGACAAGGACAGUCUAGCAUUUUCCUAUGGAGCCUCUCAAGUUGAAGAUAUGGGAAAUAUUAUUUUAACAUUAAUAUCUGAACCAUACAAUCACCGAUUUUCAGAUCCAGAAAGGGUGAACUACAAAUUUGAAAGUGGACCUUGCAGCAAGAUGGAACUUGUGGAUGACAAUGCUGUUAUCCGAGCAAGAGGAUUGCCAUGGCAGUCAUCUGACCAGGACAUAGCAAGAUUCUUCAAAGGUCUAAAUAUUGCCAAAGGAGGUGCUGCACUCUGUCUCAAUGCCCAAGGUAGGAGGAAUGGGGAGGCUCUUGUGAGGUUCGUAAGUGAAGAGCACAGAGAUCUAGCACUACAAAGGCACAAGCAUCACAUGGGGAACAGAUACAUAGAGGUGUACAAGGCAACAGGUGAAGACUUCCUUAAAAUUGCAGGAGGUACUUCCAAUGAGGUUGCACAGUUCUUGUCAAAAGAAAACCAAGUUAUUGUCAGGAUGCGAGGUCUUCCUUUCAAUGUGACGACAGAAGAAGUGCUGACUUUCUUUGGCCAGCACUGCCCUGUAACAGGAGGAAAGGAGGGAGUCCUGUUUGUAACUUACCCUGACAGCAGGCCAACAGGGGAUGCCUUUGUCUUGUUUGCUUGUGAGGAAUAUGCACAAAAUGCACUGAAAAAGCACAAGGAUUUGCUGGGGAAAAGGUACAUUGAACUCUUCCGGAGCACUGCAGCAGAAGUUCAGCAGGUGCUGAACAGGUACUCUUCUACACCUCUCAUUCCUCUCCCAACACCUCCAGUUCUUCCAGUAUUACCUCAACAAUUUGUGCCUCCCACCAACAUCAGAGACUGCAUACGUUUGCGUGGUCUUCCCUAUGCUGCUACUAUAGAGGACAUUCUGGAGUUCCUGGGGGAGUUUUCCACAGAUAUUCGGACCCAUGGAGUUCACAUGGUACUGAAUCACCAGGGACGUCCAUCAGGAGAUGCUUUCAUUCAGAUGAAAUCUGCAGAUCGAGCUUUCCUGGCUGCACAGAAGUGUCACAAGAAGACUAUGAAGGACAGAUAUGUUGAAGUCUUUCAGUGUUCUGCUGAAGAGAUGAACUUUGUAUUAAUGGGGGGCACUUUAAAUCGAAAUGGCUUGUCCCCGCCACCAUGCCUUUCUCCCCCUGCCUACUCCUUUCCGGCUCCCGCUGCAGUUGUGCCAACAGAAGCUGCUCUGUAUCAGCCAUCCAUGCUCCUGAACCCACGAACACUCCAGCCCUCCACAGCCUACUACCCUGCUGGGGCUCAGCUCUUCAUGAACUACACAGCAUAUUACCCCAGUAUGCAGCAGAGGAUGGACUUGUACACACAAAUGAUGCGGCCAGGACAGUGUCCAAAGAAUGGAUUUGCAUUUAAAGGCCCCAGCAGUUAGAGUUCCUUAGUGAAGAUUCCUCUACCCUUUCUGAUGUUUUGAACAAACACAGCGAGCCUAGAUGGAGAUUUUGGUUAUGUUUCCAGCUUUACUGCUUCUCAAGCCAGUUGUGCUCAAGAGAAAAACCACCAGAACUCUGGAAGUGACCAGCUGGAUCUCUUACUGUUUUAAAGUUCAUGCACAAUUUUCAGACAUAUGCACGCAGACUACUAAGCCCUUCACUGAGAGCACAGGUGCUGAAAUCAUGCAAGUCCUUGAGGGUGUUUCUGCUUGAUAAAGAAACUAUUAAGCUGCUCUUAACACAAAAAUUGUUCAGCCUGAACGUACAAAGUCUGAUCUCUUUCAUUCUUUGAAACAGCAAAAAAGUCUUUUUUACAUAAUUUUGCACACAGUUUAAAAUAGUUCAUUUUAAUUAAAGGGUUUUACAGCCUCUAAUUUUGCAUUUGACAUUUUAAUAAAAAAAUCUUUUGUCUUGUAUAUAUUUGUCUAAUCUCGGCAAAAGAAGCCACUGUAAACUUUAUGUGCAUGCAUAUUUUACACAGUGCAAAAAUAAUUAGGAAUGAAAAUGGAUUAUCUAAGAAAAAAAUGCUGUAAUUUUGUAAAAAUAGGUGUGGGAUGUUAAAUGCUUUGUCUCUGAUUCUUAUCUUGUACAUUUUUCCUAUGCACUCAGGUAUUUAAAUUUUUAAAAGCUUACAAGAGUAGAUAUUUUCAAACUUUCACCACAGUGCAUACUCAGAAAAUGAGAAAUGCAGUUAACUUCUUUCCUGUGGUCUUAUUUUUAUAUUUCCACUUCAUGCUCUCCCCACCCUUCUUGGGGUUUGACUGUCUUCUAUGCAAGAAAAGUAAUGUGACCUGUAGUUAAGACCCAGUGCCUUGUCUGCUUUGAGAGAGGGUCAGUCAGAGCAGGUAGUCUGAGCUUGGUCUCUCUGGACUAUAGCAAGUAACCCAGCACCACAAUUGUCACUCUUGCCAGAGAAAUCGGAUGCUCCACAUGCUCUUCAAUAACUGCUGUCUUUUAGCAGUCCCUGCUGUCCCUGCCUGCCCUGGGACUGGGCUUCAGGCACAGGAGUACCUCACUACACCUUUCUAUGGCAAUUAUAAUCCUCAUUUGUGCUGCAGAAAGGGGGAAGGAAACCCUGAAAUAAAGAGAUGUAUGAGGCUAAAAGUGGCAAAUUGUGUAGGUUCUUUGGCACAUUCAAAAUAAAUAUUGCAGAACUGAGAAGUACAAGCACUUUAGGUAGGUGGUGCUGUAGGAGUUCUUAGUUACUGUGAACCCAAAUCCACAGCAGUGCCUUGGUAUCCCUGAAAGUAAGCGUAAGGGGAGAAAAACCAAAAGAGGGUGGUGGGAUGACAAAGCAGAAAAAGUCUUCUAGACAAGGCAAGUGAUAAUCUCAUUUCUAGUAUCUAAUUAAAAAAACACAAUCUUUGCUCCCUUGCUUUAAUUCUUCUUUGCCCUUCUCUUUCCUCAGUGCAACCCUCCCCUACUCACUACAGCCAUAGUAAUCUGGAUUUACAUUUUAUCCUGGAAAACUUGAUACUGGUACAGUCUAAAGUAUUUUUAAAACUUUUUAAAAAGUCAUUAUUCUGUAAACAUGAGUACACUGAACAUGAUUAAUUGAUGCAAAAUACUUUU